AUGAUAAACGUAUCAGUUUAUCGUCGUCCAAUAUUCGCAGCAGCCAUGUAUGCACAACAACCGCGUAUACUUACCGUCGAAAAUAUGAAUCCGAACGUCAAGAAAAUGGAGUAUGCAGUGCGAGGGCCGUUGGUUAUACGAGCUGUUAAUAUCGAAAAAGAAAUCGCAAACGGCACAAAAAAGCCAUUCAAAAGUGUUAUUAAAGCAAAUAUUGGUGAUGCUCAUGCUAUGGGGCAAAGACCGAUUACUUUUUUCCGUGAAGUACUGGCUUGUGUCACCUUUCCACCUUUAAUGCAAACUGGACAAUUUCCAAAAGAUGUAAUCGAUCAUGCUAAAACGAUUUUGAAUGAUUGUGGUGGUUGUAGUGUUGGUUCAUAUAGCCAAAGUGUUGGAGUAAAUAUUAUAAGGAAACAUGUUGCUGAAUUCAUAAGUCGCCGAGAUGACAUAUCUUCUGAUCCUGAAAAUAUACUUCUUUGUGGUGGUGCUUCUGAUGGUAUUAGAAACAUAUUGAAACUUUUUGUCAAUAAAAAUUCUACAGUAAAGACUGGUGUUAUGGUACCAAUACCUCAAUAUCCUUUAUAUUCAGCAACUAUCGAAGAAUAUAAUCUUGGUUUAGUUGGUUAUUAUUUGGAUGAACAAAAAAACUGGGGUAUCACAUUAAACGAAUUGGAACGUGCCCUUACCGAGUCGAAAAAAGAGUUCGAUGUGCGUGUGUUAUGUAUUAUCAAUCCUGGAAACCCUACUGGUCAGGUCUUAUCCAAGGAAAAUAUCAAAGAAAUAAUACGGUUCGCCCAUAACCAUAAACUUUUUAUUUUGGCAGAUGAGGUCUAUCAAGACAAUAUUUAUGGCGAUGGGUGUAAAUUCCACAGUUUUAGGAAAAUAAUGUCAGAAAUGGGACAACCUCAUUCAGAGAUCGAAAUCGCUUCAUUUUACUCGGUAUCUAAAGGUUAUAUGGGUGAAUGUGGAUUACGUGGAGGUUAUGUCGAAGUAGUCAAUAUGGAUAAAGAUGUUUUCGCGCAUUUAAAAAAAAUGUGUUCAGCAAAACUUUGUUCAACUGUUAUUGGACAGAUAGCAAUGGACUGUGCUGUUAAUCCUCCAAAGCAGGGUGAUCCAUCUUAUGAACUUUGGUUCGAGGAAAAAACGAAUACAAUAAAGUCUCUCAAAGAACGAGCAAUGCUGGUGCAAAAGGUUUAUGAUUCCAUUAAAGGAAUAAGUUGCAAUCCAAUUCAAGGUGCUAUGUAUGCUUUCCCACAGAUUAUGUUGCCUGAAAAAGCCAUUUUAAAAGCCAAGGCAUUAAAUCAAGAAGCAGAUUUUUUCUAUGCGAUGCAGUUGCUUGAAUCUUGUGGAGUAUGUGUCGUACCUGGAAGUGGUUUUGGUCAAAAGCCUGGCACUUACCAUUUUCGCACGACGAUUUUACCACAAUUGCCCCUUAUGAAAGAAAUGAUGGAACGCUUCACUGCAUUUCAUGAAAAAUUUAUGCAGGAAUUUUCAUAA